AUGAACGUUCAAGAGAUGUUUGCUGACGGCCGCUGGGAGCACGAUGGCCGCAUCUGCUACAAGUUCUCCACAUGUGGAUCCUGCAUGACCCGGCUGCAGUUUGUCGUGAGCACGGCGCUGCCGGCAUCUUCCUUGCUCACUCGGCCGGAAGCUGGAACUGGAACAAGAUUCGGUUUCCGCUCUGCAGCCCAGGAGUGGCAAGAGCAAGUCAGCCCCGGGGAUGCCAUUGUCCGCAUCCGCCAGGAGGAUGCGAAGGAGCCCCUGCGCGUGUGCUCCAUGCGCCAGAUCCUCGAAAGCCCCUCCUGCCUUCACGAGGGGGCCUCCGCGGGCGCGCCGAAGUGGGACGCCUACUUUGCACGCAUGAUCGUGCGGAGCGACAUCCCCGAGCCUGGCAUGGCUGCCAUGCUGGUGCUGCCGCUGGGCAGGCGCCACACCGCUCUGUUUCAGGUGGGCCCGGUCCGAGCCUAUGCCCUGACGGUCCAUCCACAUCCUGAGCCUCAGAAGGUGAUCGUGUCUAAUGUCAUGUUCCUCCCCUUUGCCACAUAUCCAGUGUGGGCCACGGGGCACCUCUCUCGGCUGGCCAAGCUGGAGAAGGAUCGCUUCGAGAAGCACCUGCAGUCUAGCGAUCUGCCAAGGCUUCUGGAAGUGGACAAAUCAUACUACACCAUUCUACACCUCCGCAACUGUAACCGCGGAGCGCCACUGCUUCCGGUUCGCCCUGGGGCCAUGCCAACGCAGAGCCGACCGGAGGAGAGCGGCUGGGUGGUUGUCACGGAUGACGACGGGAUCGGUUCCUGCUGGACAAGGUGGACUGACCAAGAGUUCACUUUCUAUCUCUACCUCGAAGAGUUCCUGCGGCGGCUCGAUAUCCAGCUCAGGCUCUAUUCGGAGUUGAAUGGAAGGGCAUUGGUACCAUAUCAAGUUGCCGUACGCACGCUGGAGUGGUCGAGCUGCAGGCAGCACCUCGAGCCGGCAUUCCACCGGCAGCAGCGGGCCUACCGGCGCCUGAACGGAGGAGUUUCGGCCCCGAGGAUUGGCGAGGCCCCUGCUGCUCGUUUCCAGGUGCGAGCCCCGCACAUGAAGAAGCCCUGCUUCGCGUCGGCCAGCACCGAUGUGGUGGUGCGACGAACCUUUCUGAAGCUAGACCGUGUUCAAGAAACAUAG